AUGAAGGCUUUUCUUGCCAUCUGCAUCCUCGCUGCUCUCCUGGCUAUGGGGGCCUGUCUGAAGUGUGAGGUUUGCGAACGCCUAGGAAAGAGCUGCACGGGUAAUCUACAGACCUGCGCCGCUGGGCAAGACUCUUGUGGUGUCAUAUUUGAAGAAACCAUGCAGGGUAGUGAGGGAGUGAACACCCAGAACAUUAAGUGGAGCUGUGUGACGUCCAGCCAAUGUAAAGCCGGCCACGUCUCUGUGAAUUUUGGGAAGGGAAUGACGACAAGGACGAUUGUUGCCUGCUGCAUGGGAGAGGCCUGCACUCCGGCACUGGUUACAGUGCCCCCGGCUGACACCAAACCCAACGGCCGGAGCUGCCCUGGCUGCUACGUGUUGAAUGCUGCUCAAUGCAAUGAACAAACCAUAGCGUGUACUGGACCUGAGACGCAGAGUAUUGACACCGCUGGGACCAUAACCAUGAGUGGAAAUCAAAUGCAGACCAUCAUGAAGGGCUGCACUUCCGAGUCCGUCUGCGCCCAGAUAGAAGCAGGAUCUCUGACCUUCGCAGGGAUCAGUGCAGAUCUAACCAUGGCCAAAUGCACAGCGGCCUCUGGCCAAAUGGGUCUGCCUCCAGCAACCACAUCCUCCGGCGCGGUGGGCGUGGCUCCGGGGCCAGCCGGGCCCCUCCUCCCAGCCCUCGCUGGGCUCCUCCUGCUGACGCUUCUCUCCUGA